CGCGAUUCAAUCGGUAGGCUCGCUCAAUCAAUAAAUCGGUACAUUAACAACUUUUCAAAGUAGGACCACUGAGCCUGGAUCAUAAGGUCAACUUGCCAAAGAGAUUGUGCUUGUGAUUAAGUGACUUCUUCUGUUUUAGACUGGCACAGUAAGCAGAAAAAAUGCGUUUCUCGCUAUUCAAUGCCGUCCGUGGCUUCGUCGCGUCAUCUCUACUUCUGUCUGUAGAGAUGGUCGCAUCCGUCCUCAGGGUACAAAGUGACGGUGGUGGAGAAGCACGAUCUGGAUCAGGUUUUGGAGAUUCAGACCCGUCGGCCUUGAGCCAUCAAUUCGCCGGAUUAAGCUUACAGUCUGCUAGGCGUGAGGACGGACACAACGAUGCACCCUCAAGACGACGUGUGGAAACGGACGAAGAAUCGAAGAACAGUCAUCGAGCAGAACAAGGAUGUCAAGGGAUUUAUGCAGAAACUUUGAUGAAGAUGUAGCGUUAGAAGUUAUAUUACAGUAGAUAGACUUCUUUUUCUUUUACACCCAUGCAUUCAUCUUAGAAGCUGCAGUCUACUUACAACUCCUAACUUAGCUAGUUUGAGUAUGGCGGUCUUAAAACGUUAUUUUAGCAAAACGUUAAAAGUCAUUUUUUUAAAAUCUUCACUAGCUAUUUUAAGUAGCUAUUUAAACUAGACUAGUUGAGGAGGCUGCUGGAGGGCUGCUGCGGGUCGCUGGCUUCGGAGGUGGAAAGCCGGCGUUUGCAAGUGAGGGAGCCAUCAGGGCUCAGUUUGAACUGAGGCCCAUCAGGGCUCGAGAAGAGGACGAGACGGAUCUGGAAUGUAGUCGCGGCUUCGUGACAAAGCCGCAGCAGAAGCUCCAGAUCCGACCUUCCCUUCCGAGCCCUGAAGCGGCCUCAGGUCAGAUCUGGCCCUGAUGGUCCCCUCUUCAGCAGCCACCGGCUGCCUCCACCACCAAGCCACCGGUCCGCAGCAGCAAUCCAACAGCCUCCCUUAAUAGCUACCUUAACUACAUAGUUAAAACCUAGAUAAGAAAUUUUGAAAAUAUAAUUUAUAACGUUUAGCUAAAAUAACGUUUUAAGACCGCCAUAUUGAGGUGUCUGCUUUUGAAAGUAGACACAGUUAUUGCUUAGCUAUUCCCUUAGCAUUAUCCUUAGAAGAGAUCAUGAGUCUGCAUACAGUUACAGAGAUAUUGAAACAAGUCAGAAUAUGGGAGAGAAGAUGACCAUUUGAGACACAUGAUGACGGAGAAGAGUAAAGACUCAUGCUCAAAUCAGAAUGAGGGAAAACUACAGCGGAGACAGAGCCUGAGCAAUCAGAAGAUGAAAAAUCACAUUCACCCAUCAUCUUGCAGCCCCCCCUGGUCGCUCCUUUAUUAAAAAUAUCUCAUUGUUUA